AGAGAGGCGGGCGUAGCGCGGCUCUGAGGGCGCAUGAGCGAGCUACGCCGGAGGCUGCGGGAGCUCCGAGCGCGGCCGGGGCCGCCUCCAGCGCCGCAGGAGCCCAGCCCGGGCCGCUCCCGCAGGACUGCCUCUGAAUUACCAUCCAGAAAAAAACCAAUCCUGUUGGUUUAAGUUGAACAUUUGUCUCUUAAGAAUAAGAAGAGAGCCAUGCCAGUGCUUUCAGAAGACUCAGGAUUGCAUGAAACUUUGGCCCUUUUGACAUCUCAGCUAAGACCUGAUUCAAAUCAUAAAGAGGAAAUGGGAUUCCUUAGGGAUGUCUUCAGUGAAAGGAGUCUCAGCUACCUGAUGAAGAUUCAUGAAAAACUCCGUCAUUAUGAAAGACAGAGUCCAACUCCUGUUUUACAUAGUGCAGCAGGAUUAGUUGAAGAUGUAAUAGAAGAGUUGCAGACAGCACCAGUGAAUAAUGAAGAAAAAGAGCUGCUUCAACUGUUGUCAACACCACAUCUCAGGGCAAUGCUUGUAGUACAUGACACUGUAGCACAGAAGAACUUUGACCCAGCUCUUCCACCUCUACCUGAUAAUUUUGAUGAUGAUUUUGAUGAGGAAUCAGUGAAAAUUGUUCGGCUAGUGAAAAAUAAAGAACCCUUGGGAGCUACCAUCAGAAGAGAUGAGCACACAGGAGCUGUGAUUGUAGCAAGGAUCAUGAGAGGUGGUGCAGCUGAUCGCAGUGGUCUUGUCCAUGUUGGAGAUGAACUAAGAGAAGUCAAUGGUAUUACUGUGCUUCACAAACGACCAGAAGAAAUAAGUCAGAUUUUGGCUCAGUCUCGAGGGUCAAUAACGUUGAAGAUAAUUCCAGCCAUCAAAGAAGAGGAUCGUCUGAAGGACAGCAAGGUGUUUAUGAGGGCCCUUUUCUGCUAUAACCCCAAAGAAGACAGAGCCAUUCCUUGCCAGGAGGCUGGGCUGCCCUUUAAGAGGAGACACGUGCUGGAAGUUGUGAGCCAGGAUGAUCCCACGUGGUGGCAAGCCAAGCGUGUUGGGGAUACCAACCUCAGAGCAGGCUUGAUCCCCUCAAAGCAGUUCCAAGAAAGACGACUGAUUUACAGGAGAGCAACAGGCACUCUGCAGAAUACCAGAACUCUGAAGAAACCAUUGUAUGAUCAGUCUUCUGACAAAGAAGACUGUGACUGUGAAGGAUAUUUCAAUGGACAUUACAUAGCUGGUCUGCGCAGGAGCUUCAGGCUCAGUCGGAAGGAGAAGGAGAACGUGAACGAAGGCAAGCAGGCAGAGCAAGAUGCAGCAGAGUUCCUGACUUAUGAGGAGGUCACAAAGUACCAGCAACAGCCUGGUGAACAGCAGAGGCUGGUGGUUUUGAUUGGUUGUUUGGGAGCCAAGUUAAGUGAGCUCAAGCAAAAAGUUGUGUCAGAGAACCCCCAGGAGUAUGGUGUUGCAGUUCCACAUACAACAAGGUCAAGGAAAAGUCAUGAGAGAGAGGGAGUAGAAUACAAUUUUGUUUCUAAGCAGUCAUUUGAGACAGAUGUGCAGCAAAACAAAUUUGUGGAACAUGGAGAAUACAAAGAGAAUUUGUACGGUACAAGUCUGGAGGCAAUCCGCUCUGUGAUGGCCAAAAAGAAGGUUUGUUUGGUGGAUGUGGUGCCUGAAGCAGUAAAGCACUUGAUGACUCCUGAGUUUAAGCCUUAUGUUAUUUUUGUGAAGCCUCUCAUUUCAGAAAAGAAAAAACAUGCUUUAAAAUCUCACAUGUCAGAAGAAAUCUCAACCCCCCUUCAGGAUGAAGAACAGCAGGAAAUUAUUAACUCAGCAGCAUUCAUUGAAGAGCAGUAUGGCCAUUUAAUUGACACUGUACUGGUGAAAGAAGAUCUUCAGAGUGCAUGUAAUGAGCUGAAAACUGUGUUAGAUAAACUAAAUAAGGAUUCAUUUUGGGUGCCAGUCAGCUGGGUUAGGUCAUAGCUUGUUACCAUGUUUAAGGGAAAGACUGUAUAAAAAUGUUCUGUAAAUACAUGAAUUAGAAAAGGGAAAUCUGUUGAAUUUGCUCCAAAAUGGCUGGUCUUACCUAGAAGGCAAUAAAUAAAUAAAGACACUAUGAGGAAAGACCAAAGUCACAAGCUGACACUGCCUUUCUGAGUGAAAAUUUUGAAUAGCAGCUGUCAUUUAGAAGUCAAUACUCAGACUAAAUAAGCCAGUCCAGUCUUUUAUUGAUCCUUAGACUGGAAAUAGUGCAUUUUGUGCUGAGUCACUGACAAGAUGGAAGGUUUGUCCUUUGGCCACAAUUCUAACCACAAAUUUUGUGGCUAGAUUUAAAACCUCAGAAUAAAGCUCCCAAGAACUGUUCUUUGGAGACUGAUUACACCAUGCCAAUUACCCAGAAGUUCAACUGGGUGCCCAGCAAAACCUGCUUCCCUUCACACAGAAGCAUUAAUUGCAAAUCCUCUUAGUUAGGCACUAAAAACUAGGCCAGCUAUAGAAGGGGGUUUUAAUGUCCAUCACAUUUCCCAGUUGUCUUGCACAGGGCACAGGUAUUAGUGUGCUCAUGCACAGCUUCUGCCCACUUUCCCAGUCUAAUGCUGAAAAACCUGUGAGUGUACCUGUAUGACUGGCAGCUCAUAAAAUACAGAUUUUACAGUUAAGAAGCUUUGUCUCUGCAAAACAUCUUUGCCUGUGCUACCUGGUGGGACACAGCCUUGACACCAAUGGAACAGCUCCAAAAAGGGCACUAAAGGAGGAGCUGCAGGUCAAAAUCAUCAUCCUUCCAGCAUUUAUGACUUCUGCUCCAAAUCUGGUAAAGGUUUCCAGAGCAUCUAAUUGACCUGAAGAAGAAAACUGUUAGAGGACCUUGUAUAUAUUUGAGAAGACUUGAAUAUACAGGAUUUUUGAGUGGGGCUUAGGGAGAGGCAGAGAUGGUUCUGGAAGUAGCUGUGCUUUAUACUGGGGGGAUUUAAGGGGAGAGAAUUGUACAGGUGCAUGUUGCUGUAACUAUUUCCUGUUUUCACUUGCCUGCUGAGGUCUAUUAUUUCCUGUGUAUUGUGCCCUUUAAACAAGACCUUUUGGUGUACCAGUCUAGUUCCUUCUAUCUUAACAGUAUAAUGUUAUUCUUGUUCCAUGACAUUUAGCAGAACUAAAAGUUGCAUAUUAAAAGCACAUUUCUUACA